AUCUUCAGCUAUCUAUCCGCCUUCGAAAUGACAUGGCAACCCACGUGAGGCAGUGACAGUUCGCCGGCCCCGUCUCGACAGAAAAGGUAAAGUCUCCGCCGCCGAUCCCUCGCCGCCGGUAGGCGGGCAGUCGGGGCGCCACCAGCUUACCACCGGCCUGCGCGCCGCCCGUCGAUGGCGAACCCGAGGAGGGCCAUCGCGCUGCAAAUCAACACCCAGACCCCGCCAUUCCCCGCCGCCGCCGCGCCCUCGUCCUCCUCGCUGCCCUCGUCGCUCCUCCACUUCCUGAAGCGGCCGGCGUCCUUCCCCUUCCUGCUCUCCCUCUUCGUCCUCCUCACCUGGAUCUCCCUCCACUUCCACCAACCCACCCCCUCCGCCUCCCUUCAGCGCCCCACCGUCGUCCACGACCCUCAGGCCAACCUCGUCCGCUACCCCGCCGCCCUCCAUCCCACCCCCAUCGCCGCCGACGAGCGCGGAUGGCUACUCGACCCUGUCGCCGCAGCCCGCGAGGCCGGCCUCCCAAAUGGGGCGUUGGUCUGUCUUUCACUACACGUGGGACUGAUCCAGCCAGGUGGUUUGCGUGGCAACCAUCGUCACCAUACAUGCAAUGAAACAUUCGUCAUCUGGGGCGCAAAAACAAAAUUCAGGUUAGAAAAUCCUGAUGUAAAAGAUAAAGGAUACGGAGAAGCCAUAAUUGCUGCUGACGAGGUAGCCAUUGUCGCAAGCGCAAGAUCAACCGCACACGCAUUGAUCAAUAUGGAUGUGCGACCGACCUUCUUCUUGGGAUGUCAAGAUACACCAAUAAAUCCCAACAGUUCAAAUACUGACUACAAGGUCUGGAAAGAUCUCUGACAUCCACAUUGCUCCUAUGGUCUGACGGUGAGCAAUAUUUCAAAGACUAAUACAAUAUGAUCCGGAGAAACUGAAAGUAGCAUCGAGCCUUCAGAAUUCACCUCGGUGAAGAUUUUAAGGUAGAUGCUUGUGUAUAGUUGAGGUGACACUUCCAGUUGGCUCUCCUAGUUCUUUCGUCUGUUUUUUUUUUCUUUUUUGUUGACAAGGGGUUAUUCUUGUUACUAUUUGUUUGUUUUCUUUCUCUUGCAUAUAGUCACUGGUCAUGUACUCCUUUGUUAAAGGAAACAGACCUACCUUAUUUGGCUUAA